AGGACAGGGUUGAUAGAUGUAAAUUCUAGAGGUUCACUAUUUAAGAAAAAAGAUUUCCACAAGAAAAUAACGAUACUACUGUUCUUUUUGGUAUUCUUCCUGCUCCUUGGAUUAUUUAUAAUGACAUCGUUUUACGUUAAAUCGUACAAUGCGCUUCACUCGGUAAAAAAGAUGUGCACUUCCGAUGAGUGCCUGAGGACAUCGGCAAACUUAAAGUUAUCGAUGGAUAAAUCCGUCGAUCCGUGCGAGGAUUUUUACGAAUUUUCCUGCGGUCGUUGGAGCGUGGAACACCCAAACCACGGUUGGUAUCCAAAAUUUUCGACGUUCGAAACGAUCGAUGAAAGGGUGUUAUUGUCCAGCUUGAAUUUCUUAACAUCGAAUGAAUCUCAGGAGGAGCCGUUGCCUGUGAAGCAAAGCAGAUAUUUUUACAAAUCGUGCAUGGAUGUAGAAUCGAUUAAUAAUCUCGGAUAUUCCGUGAUUUAUAAGUAUUUGAAAGAAGUUGGUUUACCUGAAAUCCCGAGCUAUUUUUCCGGAAAAUCCGUUGAUGAUGAUAUUGACUUCGAUUGGAUCGAAGUCUCCGUUAAAUUAAAACAAAUCUUUGCUAUGAAUCUCUUCAUUCAAUUCGACAUCGACGCAGAUAUUUAUAAUAGAAGCAACAACGUUCUGUACAUUGGAUCAGGCAUAUCAUCAGCUCCACUUCCUAGUCCGUUUAAAUUGAAAAGAAAAACGAAAGAAAUGAGGAAAAGUCAAAACGCAGAUGAUGACGAGGAUGACUUCGAUGUUGAAGAAUAUUUGCGUAAGCUCGAAGUGAAUUCUAAGAACGCAAUGAAAAGAAUAAUAGAAGUCGUGCUAAAUACGUCAGAAAUGUCUAUUGUAAACGCGACGACAAUCCUAAAUAUUGAUAUCAAAAGAUAUUCUAUAGAAGAAUUGCAAAAAGAAACAGACAAUUUCUUGGUUGCAAAUAAUAUGAAUAAGAUGGAUAUAUGGAAGCCGUACAUAACAUCUUUAUUUAAAGAAGUCAAAGACGUUAAUUUCGACUUUAAAAAUGAUUUCGUUUACAUUUCACCAUCAGAAAUGACUUACAUUUGCAACAUACUUUUGUAUAUAUCAAGGACUCCUAAAGUAAUAUUGGAGUUGUACAAUUGGUGGAUUGUUGUUAAAUCGAUGAUUAUAAACACGACCAGCGAUGUAAUCGCGUAUAUUAACAAAGAAAUGUCUAUUUACUACCAGAAUUAUCCAGAGGUUAUAAGAUCAAGGUCUUUAGAUUGUACUGAGCUUAUAACGAAGUUCAUGGGUAUAGCAGUCAGCUACGGGAUCGUAGAUCAAACUUUUGAAAAUAAUACUAAACCAAAGGUGGAGCAAAUGCUUUAUGAUAUAAAGGAAGCUUUCGAGCAUCGAGUUAAUAAUAUACCAUGGAUGGACGAGCCAACAAAGCGGGCGACAUUAGAGAAGAGCAAAGAAAUGCUCAGUUUUAUCGGAUUUCCCGAUUGGCUCAUGAAUAAAACGGCAAUUGAAGUUCAUUAUGAAAAUAUGACGAUACUGCCCAAUACGUAUUUAGAAAACAUGAUGGCGUUCAUCAGAACGUACACUUUAACUAGCUUGAAAACGUAUCGGUUGGAGAACGAUAGAACUUGGAGAACGGAUCCUGUUACAGUAAAUGCUUUUAAUUACUUUGGAGAUAAUACAAUUAAUGUUCCAAUGGCUAUACUGACCUUUCCGAUGUACCAUUUAGGAUUAGAGGUUUUAAAUUAUGGUGCUAUUGGAAGUAUUCUGGGACACGAAUUAACACACGGAUUUGAUAAUACAGGGAGAAGAUUUGAUAAAUAUGGAAAUUUGAUAGAAUGGUGGACCAAUGAAACUUUAAAUACGUUCGAAGAUAAAACUGAAUGCUUUAUUAAACAAUACAGUGAUUAUAGAGUUCCAAACAUCGAGAUGAAUGUCGACGGUGAUUUAACUUUGGGCGAAAAUUUGGCUGAUAAUGGCGGAUUACAUCAUGCGUUUCUUGCAUAUCAGAAUUAUUUGAAACGAUUUGGACCUGAAGAUCAUUUGCCUGGUUUUGAUGAAUAUUCUAAUAACCAAAUGUUUUUCAUAGCUUAUGGAAGUAUCUGGUGCGAAUCUCGAAAUGAUGCGUCUCUAAUUGAUCAAAUACGAACGGACGAGCACAGUCCAGGAAAGUUCAGGGUUCUGGGUACUCUGCAAAAUUCGGAGGACUUUUCGAAGGCGUUCAAUUGUCCUGUUGGUAGUAAUAUGAAUCCUGAAAGAUCGAGAUGUCGGAUUUGGUAAAAUGUAUUUUAAA